UCUUUGCUCUCCUUCUUCCUCACUUCCCUCCUCAACUUGCACCAACCUCGUCGCUGUCAGGCAGGUGCCGAGAUAUUUCGCCUGUGUGUGUGUGUUGGCCCAAUUAAUGGAUGACCUGCAGUAGCUGUGGCGUCCUAGGGUCUGCAGUUCAGCAGGUUGUCGUGAUAAACUUUUUCUGGAGUUUGAAGGCUGUUUUUUUAUCGGCGCCGUGAAGUCUUCAAAGGCGGCAGCCAGCAUCCGCCCGUUAAAGACUGAAACCGACAAGAAAGUAGAUUUCCCUCGUCAAUGCUGAGAGGUUAGACUUGUCUGGACAGAAUGACGGUCUACAAGAUCAUCAGAGAGAACGACCAGAACCUGGUCACCACCCUGCCGUGAACAACCGGAAGUGCAGCGAGCCGAAAGGGCCUCAAGAACUAAGAGGUUAUGUGAAGCUGACAGCUGGAGCUGUACAUACCUACUGUGUACUAGAGAUGUUCACUCUGAAAACAGACAUUAUAGGUCAGUUUAACAAGCUGAAUGACCACUGAAAUAUCCAGGAAUGGAAUGACCACAAGGCAGGGCUGCAAAUCGCCUGGUAUGAAAACUAACACCUGCACGCGGAAGAACAGCACACACGAGUACCACCAGAGCGAUUACUGGAUUUGACUACUGUGUAGACCCUGUGUCUCACCAGAUCAACAAGUCACAGAAAAACCACCUCUAAGACUUAUUCCAAAGAAUCACAAACAUCUAGAGGAGUGAGAUUACCAGUGGCAACCAUGAACGGCAUAACAGAGAUGUCGGUCAAGUGCGUCCUAGUUGGGGACACUGCGGUCGGCAAGACAGCCCUGCUGGUCCGCUUCACCUCAGAGACCUUCCCCGACACCUAUAAGCCCACAGUGUUUGACAACACAGGGGUGGAGGUGUACAUGGAUGGGGUUCAGAUCAGCCUGGGGUUAUGGGACACGGCGGGUAAUGACAACUUUAAGCAAAUCCGCCCGAGAUCGUACCAGCAGGCCGACAUUGUCCUCCUCUGCUACUCCGUGGCCAAUCCUAACUCGCUUGCCAACGUCCAGCACAAGUGGAUUGCUGAGGUUCGAGAGAACCUGCCCAGGGUGCCAGUGCUGGUCGUGGCCACCCAGACGGACCAGCGAGAAAUGGGGUCUCAUCGGGUGAACUGCAUCUCAGCAGCGGAGGGGAGACGUGUGGCUCAUGAUAUCCGUGCUAAAGGCUAUCUGGAGUGCUCCUCCUUAAGCAACCGAGGCGUGCAACAGGUGUUUGAGUACGCCGUGCGGACAGCCGUUAACCAGGCCAGGAAGCAUGCCAGGAGACGCAUGUUCAGUAUAAACCAGUGCAAAGUCUUUUGACCUUCGACCUUGACCUGGUGGCGUGGCUUGAACUGUCAUGAGAUGACUUGUUCAAUAAUGCGUUAGUGUGCUGUUCAAACUCAGUCAGGGUUUGUAAAGAUACAAAAACCCGAAGUUCGAUUUGUGUCCUCUACAUCGGGUUCUUUUUCACUAACAGGGCGUCCUGUCCGCCCAUGACCCAAGACUCAACCCAUAUUUAUAACUGAGAAUACAUUAAUUUCAUCAUAGACCUAAUACACACUCAUGCAAAUGUACAGAUGGAAGUUGUACUUUUGUUUGAUCCAGGGAGCGAUGGAAAGAAAAGAGUUUCUUUGAUUCUUCUGAUCUGUUUUUUUUUUUUAAGUGAACCACAUUACAUUACAUGGAGGUAUUUCAAACAGGGUAUCAGAGGAGUUUCUUUUUUUCUUAGGACUUUUACCUAAACGAGAGCAUGUAAAGCUUUAAUGGUGACAUACAGCAUAAGUUUUUUCUAAUUAUUUUACUAAUAACUAAUGCAAAGAGAAAAUAAUAUUAAUAUGUAAGUUUGGGGCUGCAUCAGCAAUGAACUUUUGAAUUACAGCAUAAACCAAAUAAGUGCAUUUACUACCACAAAGAAAAUUACACAACACACAAGUAUUUUUUUUUUCUUUUACAGUUGUAUGGAGCUUUUCCAGUGUGAUUUGCAUAUUUGCAUCAAACGAGGACAACUCUAGUCCUAUGCUCCUAAAACAUUUUAUUCGCUGAAUCAGUAAGUAGUAGUGUGUACGUGCUGCCAUUUGUCCGCAAUUAAUUCAACUUUUAUGAAUAAGAUAAUGUGGAUGUUGCUGUAUCAAGUUCGAAAUACAGCAUAUUCUCUAUUUUCUUUUUAUAUUAGACAUGAUUAGUGAUUAAUGUCAAUAGGUCAAAUGAGUGUAUGUAUGCGUGUGUGUGUGUGUGUGAUUUUAAAAGAUAACUGUAUUUGAAAUGUUUACUCAGAAAUCAGUUGCAUUGAAAUGAACUAAUACAUGACUGUAUUUAAAAAUAGAAAAUGCGCUCAGUAUAGCGCAGACAUCCGCCAUGGCCAAUGUCGGAAAGCGGUUCUUUUAACGUAAUUCUGCUGAGAAUUAAACAAACACGGGGGAAAACAUAACCUCCUUGGUGGAGGUAAUGAACCAAAAAAAUCUAAUGGUGUAGUUGAGAAAUUUAUUUUAUACCGUUAGAGAAACCAAACAGUUAAAACAUGUUCUAAAAUAAAACAAAGGAACAUGUAACAUCAACAUUUUUUGUGCAUUGUAAUUUAUUGUAUUGAACUGUAUACCUCCUUUUAAAAAUAAAAGAAAAAAAUAUUAAGACAUGACAUGCUACUUGUGUAUCUUGCAAACUGUCCCUGUCAUUACUGGUUACUGGAGUGACUAAUUUUAUGACAUAAAUCAAAACUACAGACUUUACCAUUAUUGAGCAACUGAAUAUAAAGGGAAGGUCAAACAUCUGGUUGGUUUUUGAAAUACAUCUGGUUAUUUUUUCCAUUAAUGUCUGUGUUAUCUUACUGUCAUGGCCAAUUUCAACCAGAUUUGAUUAUACUAUAUGUCUGAUGUACAUGCUUAAUAUAAUACAUGUUUAUCACAUACAUACAUACAAAACGUAUACAUUAUGGGGUUUUUAUGCUACCAUUUGCCAUACCUAUAGUAUGAAAACUGUAUUAGAAAAUACAUUAUAUUGUAUGUUUAUAUACAAAAAAUGUAUAUAAAUUGUACAUAUGAUUGUCAUUGAUUUUUUAAGGUGUGUAGGCUGCAAGAAAAGUGUCACAUCAUUGAUUUUGACUAGUUGUUCCAGGCUAUUUCUUGAACGAUGGUUUGGUCAAAGAAUUUUGAGCAUAAAGCCAUCAAACAAUGCUUUUAGACGUGUGUUGUGUGUCUGUAGUACAGUACUCGUAAAUGCAAAGUAUGAACCAUGAAAUGAAUGGAAUGGCUGUAUACGUAGAUAAAUAAAAUUUUUCAUGAAGGCAAUUUCACAAGGAUUUCAAGAGACAGCUUGUUGAGAACAAUGCAUCACACAACAGAUAAGGGGGUUGGCGACGUAAAGUGAUUGCUCAGAUCACAGAUGAGACUUUAAACCUUUGUAUCUAUCCUAGUCAAGUCAGUUUUAAUUAUUUAGCCCAUAUUAAGAAAUUUGCCUGAGAGCGUUUUAGGACUUGUACAACACAUGACAAUGGUUUAUCCCAAUUAAAAUAAAGAAAAAAGCUUCCAACAUUUAACAGUCUUAUACUUUGAAAAUUGAAAAUUGAUAAUGAAGGCGUAAAGAAAGACGACCAGGAACAGCUACUAAACAGAAAAAAAAAAAAAGCUCCCCCCCACCCCCCAAUGCUUUCACCCACUCUUUCUCUACAUAUGUGUCUCGUGGUGUUUAGAGCUCCUAAGGAUGAGAGGUACAGCACAGGCUUGUCAAGGAUAUACUGAAAAACACCUAACCACAUGCCAGCACACACUCAAAUAUGUACAUUAAACUGUCAAAACUGUGAACACAUACAUGAAACCACUUGUUCACUUUGACAUGCACUUACCCAUACACUCUCGCUCAUAAUAGAUUUAUGUAGAUCACACACUCAGACCGCCUA